AUGGACGCGUCUAGUAACAAUUCUCCCCCCAAGAGGGUGGCCAUUAUCGGCGCCGGGGCCGCAGGGAUGUCCUGCGCCGCCACCCUAGCCCGACAUCCAGAUAAAUUUGCCGUCUCGCUCUUCGACAUUGCACCGUACACAGGAGGCCAAGCCACCUCCAUCGACAUCGACGAGGGCUACCACGGCGCCGGCUGGCUGAACGACGGCGUCCAGGGCGGCUCGAGCAUCUUCCGUCACACGCUCAACUUCUUCCAGAAAUACGGCUACCACGCCGAGACGGUCAAGCUGCAGGUGUCUUUCGGUAAAGGGAAGGACAGUUUCUUCACGAAUGUUUUCCCCAGUCCGCUCGUGGACCGGUACUCGGCGGAGAUCCAGAAGCUCGGUCGCGUGCUGACAUGGAUCAAGCGACUGAUGCCGGUAUUGGGCGUCAUGCCCGUGAAGAUCAUCCUGCGUCUCUUCCGAUUCAGUCGUGAUUUUGCAAAUAUCAUGGUCCUCCCUCUCAUGGCGCUGUUUCUCGGUACGGGCAACCAGACGCCCAACGUGCCUAGCGUCUUGCUCGAGCGUCUGUUCGACGACCCCCAGAUGCGACUGUGGGAUUAUGAUCCGGACACGCUUCUGCCCAAUCAGCCGGAGAUGUGUACAUUUCCGAAGCUGGGGAGUUUCUACCGCGACUGGGCGCAGGAUUUAAGUUCGCGCGGGGUGCGUCUGCAUCUCGAGACCCGCGUGGAGGUCUUGCAGCGAGAUAAGAAACGCGGCGUCACGCUGCGGGUGCGGCCUGUCGACGCCAAUUCUGAGGCCUCUCCAACCAUUGAAGUGUUCGAUGAAUUGGUCAUUUGCAUGCCAGCCGACGAGGCAAAGACGAUGCUGGGUAAACACGCUACCUGGCGGGAGCGCUACGUGCUGGGUGGCGUGCGCUUUUUUGACGAUCUCACUAUUACGCACCAUGACUCGACUUAUUUCAAUAGUAUCUUUGAGACGCGGUUCAAACAAGAUCUCUGUGCCGAGGCAACGAGUGAAGCCCGCAAAGACCAGAUCGCCUUCGCGAAGCAAUCUCCCUCAACACGGUCAGACGGCUGGGAAGGCUUCGCGCCAAUGUACUAUAUCCAUUCGUACCAGUCGGCCCCGGACAAGAUCGAGAUGGGUUUCGACUGCACAAACUACCAGCAUCAGUUCCGGCAGGCUUUGGGCGAGGGCGUGCAGGGCCCAGAGCCAGAUCGACAUGUCUACCAGACGAUUUUCCUCGACAAGACGCAGCAGCACCUUUGGACAUGGGGUAACAUUGAUGAGAGGAAGAUUAUCUCCCGCAAAUGGUGGCACCAAUUUGGGCAUCGAUGGCAGCAUUAUACGCGUGUGGUCCCGGGGAUGAUGUUCAUCAAUGGAAAGAAUCGGACAUUGUAUGCUGGCGCGUGGACUUUGGUGAAUAUGCAUGAGAUUGCCUGUAUCUCGGGGAUCGCCGCUGCAUACCGGCUUGGUGCUGAGUAUGAGCCAUUUGACGAUUUUGCAACGGACUGUUUUGCGAAAUACCUGCUGGUUUGCCACGGCACGCGAUAUAAGUCCUCGAAGAGAUCAAAUGCGCACCGAUCCUAG